ACGGCUCGCUCGCUCGCAUGUCUCCGUCUCUCGUCUCUCCCUCACAUCUGGCAGGCACCGGGAGGCAGCGCCGGAAGGAGGCGAGCAGCGGCAAGCAGGAAAAGGCAGCGGUGGAUCGAUUCCAAGUCGUGCUCCUAGCCUCACCGCCGGCAGGCAGCAACAAGCGCCGGCGUCCCCUCCCCUUCUCGUCGGACCCGUCUAGGUCCAGCGACGGCGGCGGCCAUCUAUGGUAGCCUAAUGCAGAUGACAGAAAACGUGAUGAAGUUUUGAGGCAAAGUGUUGCUGAUGGCUGGUUAGUACUACAAGAUCAUCCGCUCUACACUGAUACUAGCUGCUUGGAUCUGGACACUUGUUUUGGGCAUAUAACCAUCAUUUAUAGAAUUCAAAGAAUUGUUCUAUCGAUUAUUUUUGUGCCACUAUAUAUGUGUCUUGUUCGUGUUUGAUGCCAAAGUUCAAUAUAUUGUACAUAAUCACAAAAACACAAGUGGAGAGAUGAAUAAGUCCAUUCCAUUCCAUUUAUGAAACCAAACACCAAAAUGUAACCAUUCCAUUCCUUUAAAUUACCCCCACCAAAUACAAAAACGGAACCGACCCAUUCUAAUGAAAUGGAACCAUGCCAUUCCAUUCCACUUCGUUUCCGAACCAAACACACCUUUAGGGGCGAUGCUAUUCCGCGCGCGCGCGCUGGAACGAUCGGUUUCCGACAGGCGCAAAUCUUUCCUGUUUUGGUUAAUUGAGGGGGGAAAGUGCCACGCGCCCGGGCCCCCACCGUUGGAAUCAGGGGGGAAGAAAAGAUUAGGAUUAAGCGCUGUAGCGGUCGGUCGUGCAGGAGUAAAACCGCACCUUUAGAUGCCUCACUUCCACAACCGACCCGGAUUGCUAGUUCCUUCCGCGGAUGGCGGUGGCUUUCUCCGAGCCACGCUUCUAUAAAUUCCGCCUCACUUCCACAACCGACCCGGGUGAGGGACAAGUCGAGAAGAAAAAAGAUGGGGCGGGUGAGGGCGAGGAGGUGCCGCCGCUGCCUUUGGUGGCCCAGGCUCCUGCGACCACCGGUCAGCUCUUCGUGUGCCCUUGGCCUGGUUGCCACGAGAUCACGGAGAACGCCUCGGAUGCCUGCAUCCGCACUCACCGGAAGGCCCACCGUGAAGCGGAUACCGCAGAGAAGAAUAAGCCGAAACAGAGGGCGGAGGACCGCGCCAAGGGCGAGCAGGCCCGCCGCAGGCGCGAGGCCAGGGCCCAGGCGAAGGUGAAGGACAAGGAUCUUAACCCCGGCAAGCGCGGCAAGGGCGGCAAAGGCGGCCGCAACGGGAAGGUCAAGGCCAACGGCGCCGGAGGCCGCAACGGCGGAAACGGCGGGGCCGGUGGCCGCGGCGGCGGCGGGAACUUUAACCAGUGGGCGGGGCGUGGCGGUGGCCGCGGCGGGAACGGCGGCGCCGGGCGCGGCGGCGGCGGCAACUUCAACCAGUGGGCGGGGCGUGGCGGUGGCCGCGGCGGGAACGGCGGGGCCGGGCGCGGCGGCAACUUCCACGGCCGCGGGCGCGGCCGGCGAAACUGA